GAACUUUGAAGGUAUUGGAAGGUACAAAUACAUGGAAUAUUAUUCUCUAUAACCUAAUAUAAGAAAGAGAUUAAUAUUUUAAUAAAGAAAAAAGAAAUGUCCCCACUCUAUUUGUCAUGGAAGAACCCUCCAAAAAUUAGUGAUAAAAAAUAAUGAGAUUAUUCAAAUCUCAAGAACAUAGAAAACCCAAAAUCCAGAUCUCUAAAAACCCCUCUUCUCAAAAAUCUCACCAUUUUUGACUUUCAAAUCCCUAAUUUUCCUUCGAAGAAUGUUGAUCAGAGAAAAACCCCUUCUACAAUGGCAGCAACUUUGUUUCGUGUUCUUCCUCUUCAUCUCUCUCCUUCUCCAUUUCUCCCAUGGCGACGUCGGCACUGCUGCCAAAUACCCUCCGCCAUAUUCCCCGACGGCGUGUUUCGGGGGAGAUUUAAGUCAAUUUCCGACGAAUAAUAUGUUUGCGGCGGCGGCAGAUGGGAUUUGGGAGAACGGAGCGGCGUGUGGGAGACAGUAUUUUGUUAGGUGUUUUAGUGCGUCGGAACCGGAGGCGUGUGUGGCGGAUCAGACGGUGCAGAUUACGAUCGUUGAUCAUACUGAAUCGAUUGUUUCGACGCCAACGGCGCGCGGAACGACGAUGACUCUUUCCUCGACGGCGUAUAAAGCAAUUGUUAAUUCUUCAGCUACCGUUCAAUUCGUCACCAUUGAAUUUCUUCAGGUAUGAUGUGUAAAUGUGAUGAACAAAUGGGUUUCCUUCACAAAUUAAUCCAACCAUCUGCCACCUCUGGCUCCAGCUCCGGUCACCGAAAACCUAUAUCCAUACCCUGUCGCCACGGUUGGCCUCAAUGGAGACUUGACCCACCAGACUACAUCGGUGACAACGUGGAGCCAGAUUCAUAUUCAACAAAGAAGGUGACAGAAUCCCAACUCUCUGCCGGUUGCUUAACAGAGGAGAAGGCAAAGCAACUCCGAAUUAUGACGACGAGGUAUAAUACAUGAUGGAAUGUACCAUUCGGCCAUCGCAUCUCGCCUAGCUUCUGAUUUCUCAAACACUAACAAUCAAUGCCUUUCAAUUCCAUAUACGAAAUAGAAUACAUUCUCGACUUUGAAUCCCAAGAUUCAAGUGAUGGUGACUUAAUUAUCCAAUACACAUCUAAUAAUCUCUUACCUUAGUUCCUUGUUCCUUGAUUGAUUAAGGUUUGGAUUGAAUUUGUGUAUGUAAUUGAAAUGUGAAAUUAGAGGGAGGGGAUUUUUCAUCUCUUUUAUUCAAAGGAGUCAAAAUCUGUCAAUUUGGGAGUGAAGGGGUUUUUAAGAAUUAGAUUCUGGGAUUUGUCCACCUGCCUACUCUAAAAGAUAAAUUAAUUCGACCC